AUGAGAGGUGACAACCAGAGCUUCUUGGAGGAUCUCCCUAAGGACUUCAUCCUUCUCGGUGUUUCUGACAGGCCAUGGCUGGAGCCCCCCCUCUUUGUGGUUCUCCUGGUGUCCUACAUUCUGGCCAUGUUGGGAAACAUCGCUAUCAUCUUGGUGUCCCAGCUGGAUUCCCAGCUCCACAGCCCCAUGUACAUCUUUCUCGGACAUCUCUCCUUCCUGGAUCUCUGCUAUACCACCACCACAGUCCCACAGAUGCUGGUCAACAUGGGCAGCUCCAGGAAGACCAUCAGCUAUCGUGGCUGCACGGUGCAGUACGCCAUUUUCCACUGGCUGGGAUGCACUGAGUGCAUCAUCUUGGCCGCCAUGGCCCUGGACCGCUAUGUGGCCAUCUGUCAGCCCCUCCGAUAUGCCAUUAUCAUGCACCACCCUCUCUGCCAGCAGCUCGUGGCUGUGGCCUGGCUCAGCGGCUUUGGAAACUCCCUUGCUCAGGUGGUGCUUACAGUGCAGUUGCCUUUCUGUGGGCGGCAGGUGCUGAACAAUUUCUUCUGUGAGGUGCCAGCCAUGAUCAAGCUGUCGUGUGCAGACACCACUGUGAAUGAUGCUACGCUGGCUGUGCUGGUGGCCUUCUUUGUGCUGGUGCCCCUAGCCCUCAUCCUUCUCUCCUAUGGUUUCAUCGCCCAUGCAGUGCUCAAGAUCCAGUCCUCCAGGGGAAGGCACAAAGCCUUUGGAACCUGUUCCUCCCACCUGGUGGUGGUCUCCCUCUUCUACCUGCCUGCCAUCUACAUGUACCUGCAGCCCCCUUCCAGCUACUCCCAAGAGCAGGGCAAGUUUAUCUCCCUCUUCUAUUCCAUAAUCACCCCCACUCUCAACCCCUUCAUCUACACCCUGAGGAAUAAGGAUGUGAAGGGAGCUCUGAGGAGACUCAUGUCAAGGACCUGGAGGUUCUGCAGGAGAUGA